GGAAGGAGAGCCGGAAGUAACAAAGUACAAUUCUUGUCGAAGCAUCAAGCUUGACCCACCGUCGUUUGCCGGACCGCCAAACAGCGUGCCUUGCCAGCAAGUGGUGAGCUUUCGCGAAUUCGAGACACUGAACGUCGUUCCACCGCGCAACAAUAUUCAUACAACAUUUUCGCCAACCAGCGACACAUCCUCACAUUUUUCGGCAUCGAAUCUGCUAUCGGCUUUGCGAUACACCGUCACAUGAAGUCGCAUGCCUCAAAUGGUCUCUGUCGCCCUCUGCUGAAGCUGUAGUGGAAACGGCUGAGGGCACAGACGACCUUGGGGUUUAGGGUCCAUCUCGAGGUGAAGCCAUCACCAACGACGAUCAAAUUCCACCAUCGCAACGCCGGCUCCUCACGUCGUCGCAGACAUCGUUCCAAAGGCCUUACCUCCCGAACACCCCUCUAACCCAACGAAGCGAUACCUCCCACUGAAACUGAAUCCACGAUCGAACAGACCAUGGCGAAUACCGCACUGCAGCAGGCCGACACGGCCCUGGAGAACGUGAUGAGGGACUUGAAAGCAAAAACAGAAGACGAGCGCAAGAAACAUGCCGCCAUGCGACUGAGAGAAAUGGUGGGCACACUAUACCGAGACACCCCACCAGACCAGUUCAUCACCUUGUACAAUGGUGUCAACUCCCGAAUCACCAGCCUGGUCCAUAGUAAUACCCCUGGAGAUCGAAUAGGUGGUGUAUACGCGAUGGAUGCAUUGGUCGACUUUGAAGGCGUCGACGUGACGGUCAAAUACACCCGCUUCACUAGCAAUCUCAAGGCAAUCCUCCGCGGUACAGACUUAGUACCUAUGCAAUCGGCGGCAGUGGCUCUGGGAAAGCUCACGCGGCCAGGUGGCUCCCUCAUCUCCGAGCUUGUCGACUCCGAGGUCAAGACUUCUUUGGAGUGGCUUGAGUCAGAGCGCAUCGAGGAGAGAAGAUACAGUGCCGUACUUGUACUCCGCGAACUUGCACGCAAUGCACCCACUCUGAUGUACUCGUACGUCGGCCUCGUCUUCGACCUCAUCUGGGUUGGUCUUCGAGAUCCCAGGCAGCUCAUCCGAGCCACGUCUGGCGAGACGGUUAGCGCCUGCUUUCGCAUUAUUCGGGAGCGAGACCAUGAUCUCAAGGCAGCUUGGAUGACUAAGAUGUACAACGAACUGCUCAUUGGCCUCAAGUUCGGCACUGUCGAGUCUAUCCACGGCUCACUUCUGGUUCUGCGGGAGCUCUUGGAGCAAGGUGCCAUGUUCAUGCAAGAUCAUUAUCAAGAGGCUUGUGACAUCGUCUUCAAACACAAAGAUCACCGCGAUCAUAUCAUCAGGAAGACGGUUGUGCAGCUCAUUCCCGAUUUGGCAAACUAUGCCCCGGCUGAAUUCGCGCAUUCCCACCUCCAUAAAUUCAUGCUCUAUCUGUCUGGCAUGCUCAAGAAGGACAAGGAACGAAACGACGCUUUUUUUGCGAUUGGAAACAUCGCCAACUCGGUCAAGAGUGCCAUCGCUCCGUACCUAGAUGGCGUUCUAAUCUACGUGAGAGAAGGCCUGAGCCUGCAGUCUCGGAAACGAGGUUCUGUAGAUCCGGUGUUUGACUGCAUUAGUAGAUUGGCAGUUGCUGUGGGACAGACUCUCAGCAAAUACAUGGAGGCACUCUUAGACCCCAUCUUCGCUUGCGAGCUCACGCCCAAGCUCACCCAAGCUCUGGUGGAUAUGGCCUUCUACAUCCCCCCCGUCAAAGCCACCAUCCAGGACCGAUUGCUUGACAUGCUUAGCAAAGUUCUAUGUGGAGAGCCCUUCAAGCCGCUUGGUGCACCCAUGCCCAACACACUAUCCUCAGUACCGAUCAUUCCCAAGGAUGCGAAGGAUCCGCAGGUCUACGAACAUCGAAAGUCAGAGGUCAAGCUUGCGUUGAAUACACUGGGAAGCUUUGACUUCUCGGGCCAUGUCCUGAACGAAUUCGUCCGAGACAUCGCCAUCAAGUAUGUCGAGGACGACGACCCGCAAAUCCGAGAGGCAGCUGCCUUGACUUGCUGUCAACUCUACGUUCGCGACCCCAUUGUCAACCAGACAAGCUAUCAUGCGCUGCAAGUGGUUGGUGACGUGAUUGAGAAGUUGCUCACCGUUGGUGUCUCUGACCCCGAAGCCGAGAUACGCCGAACGGUUCUAGCAGCACUUGACGAGCGAUUCGAUCCUCAUCUUGCCAAGGCCGAGAACAUCCGCACAUUAUUUUUCGCUCUCAACGAUGAAGACUUCUCCAUCCGAGAGGUAGCUAUAUCAAUCAUCGGCCGACUUGCGAGAUACAAUCCCGCAUAUGUAAUUCCGUCUUUGAGAAAGACCCUCAUCCAGCUCCUCACAGAGCUAGAGUAUACAGAUGUAUCUCGCAACAAAGAAGAAAGUGCCAAACUACUCAGCCUCCUUGUUCAGAACGCGCAGGGGCUUAUUAAACCUUAUGUUGAGCCCAUGAUGGCUGUCCUCCUGCCAAAGGCUAGAGAUCCAGGCCCAGCCGUGGCGGCUACUAUCCUCAAGGCAAUUGGAGAGCUUUGUACGGUCGGUGGCGAGGACAUGCUUCCCCACAAGGACAAGCUGAUGCCACUCAUCAUUGAUGCGUUGCAGGACCAAAGCUCGACCGCGAAGCGGGAAGCGGCGCUCCACACACUCGGCCAACUCGCUAGCAACAGCGGGUACGUCAUUGAUCCCUACCUCGAGUAUCCUCAACUCCUCGAACUCUUGCAAACCAUCAUCCGUUCCGAGCCCCAGCGUGGCCCCCUGCGACAGGAAACGAUCAAGCUGAUGGGUAUUUUGGGUGCUCUAGACCCAUACAGACACCAGCAAGUCGAAGAGCGAACGCCCGAUGCCGAGAAGAGCGUCGAAUCCACCCGCAUGACUGACAUAUCUUUGAUGAUGACGGGCUUGACGCCAUCCAGCAAGGAGUACUUCCCCACAGUGGUUAUCAAUGCACUCUUGAAUAUAUUGAAGGAUCAGUCGCUCCAACAGCACCACGCCAAUGUUAUUGAGGCCAUCAUGAACAUCUUCCGAACCCUUGGUCUCGAGUGUGUGUCUUUCCUGGACCGCAUUAUCCCAGCUUUCCUGCAAGUCAUCAAGACGGCGCCCACGAACAGACUUGAGUCAUACUUCAACCAACUCGCAACCCUUGUUACCAUUGUUCGGCAACACAUCCGCAACUACCUCCCUAAUAUUGUGGAUACCUUGCAAGACUUUUGGGGCAAAGCCUCAGGUGCCCUACAGGGCACGAUAAUAUCGCUGGUGGAGGCCAUAUCCAGAUCACUGGAGGGGGAAUUCAAGGUUUAUCUGGCCCGGUUGUUACCAAUGAUGUUGGGCGUUCUUGACAGGGACCAGUCCACGAAACGGGAACCGUCCUUCAAGGUCCUCCACGCAUUCUUAGUAUUUGGCGCAAGUGCCGAGGAAUACAUGCAUCUGAUCAUUCCCGUAAUUGUUCAAACAUUCGAGAAGGCUGGCCAGCCAUCGUUCCUCAGGAAAUUGGCCAUCGAGACAAUUGGGAAGAUAUCGCGUCAGGUUAAUCUCAACGACUUUGCUGCCAAAAUCAUUCACCCAUUGGCAAGAGUCCUGGCUUCCUCUGGCGAGGCAGGUCUGCGGCAUGCUGCUCUCGACACGCUAUGUGCCUUGAUUCAGCAGCUGGGCAAGGAUUACUUGCACUUCAUGGGUACCGUCAACAAGGUUAUCCAGGCUUACCCUAUCCAACAUCAGAACUACGAUCUCCUCAUCAGCAAGCUGCAAAAGGGAGAAGUUCUUCCUCAGGACUUGAGCUCAGAAAACAGAUUCUUUGAUCCACCAGAUGAACCAUCAUUUGCUGAACUCGGGAAUAAGAAGCUCGACAUGAAUGCAAUUCAUCUCAAAAACGCGUGGGACACUAGAGGUAAGUCGACUAAGGAGGACUGGCAAGAGUGGCUGCGAAGAUUCAGCACGACCCUCCUUACAGAGUCCCCCAAUCACGCUCUGCGUGCUUGCGCUGGACUUGCCAGUGUCUAUCUCCCUCUGGCCCGAGAGUUGUUCAACUCGGCGUUUGUUUCCUGCUGGGGCGAGCUCUUCGAAUCUUAUCAGGAUGAGUUGAUCCAGAACAUUGAAAACGCCAUUCGUUCCGAAAAUGUGCCGCCCGAUUUGCUGGGUCUCCUGCUCAAUCUAGCAGAGUUCAUGGAACACGACGACAAAGCCUUGCCUAUCGACAUUAGGGUGCUGGGUCGGGAGGCUGCUCGUUGCCAUGCCUAUGCUAAGGCGCUCCACUACAAGGAGCUUGAAUUUCUGCAGGAUCAGAGCGGUCCCGCGGUGGAGGCGUUGAUAGUAAUCAACAACCAGCUACAGCAGUACGAUGCUGCCAUUGGUAUUCUUCGCAAGGCUCAACUCUACAAGGAUGGCAUUCAACUCAGGGAGACGUGGUUUGAGAAGCUGGAACGAUGGGACGAGGCUCUCGCCUUUUACAAUAAGCGGGAAAUGGAGAUCCCAGCCGACAAGGCGGUUCCUAUCGACAUAGUCAUGGGCAAGAUGAGAUGCUUGCAUGCGCUCGGCGAGUGGGAUGCCCUGGCAAACUUGGCAGGUAAUACCUGGGCCAAUUCUGCUCCAGAGGUCCAACGCCGGAUUGCUCCACUUGCCACCGCUGCUGCUUGGGGUCUGGGCAAAUGGGACUCCAUGGAUAACUACCUGCAGUCACUUAAGCGGUACUCGCCAGACCGAGCCUUCUUCGGAGCCAUCCUAGCACUUCACCGCAACCAGUUCCGAACAGCAGCGGACUGCAUACAACAGUCACGUGAGGGUCUUGAUACCGAGCUCAGCGCACUCGUCAGCGAAUCCUACAAUCGGGCGUACCAGGUGGUUGUGCGAGUACAGAUGCUCGCCGAGCUGGAGGAACUUAUUGUCUACAAGCAAGCAGAUGAGAGGAAGAAAUGCACCAUGCGUCGCACCUGGGAGACGCGUAUUAAGGGCUGUCAGCGCAAUGUCGAAGUCUGGCAGAGGAUGCUGCGACUGCGCGCCCUGGUCAUCUCGCCUGGUGAGAACAUGAACAUGUGGAUCAAAUUCGCCAACCUAUGCAGGAAGUCUGGACGUAUGGGCCUUGCUGAGAAAUCGCUCAAACAACUCAUCGGUACCGACAAGCCGCUAGAAACCAUCAUACCAUAUUGGGCCGAAAGUGACACUGUGGCCCGUAGAGCUGGCAGAAGUCUAGGCGUCGCUCCACAGGUCAUGUACGCUGUGUUGAAGUACCAGUGGGAGUUUGGUCAGCAGCCGAACCUGCGGCAAGCCGGCUACCCCGAGAAGACAUUGUCGUGCCUUCGUCUCUUCACUGAAGAUACAUCGAUGCAAAUAGAAAUGGCCAGAUCUAGCAUCUCGACCCAUUCGCCUGAGGAUCUCGGCAUUACUAACGACUUUGGCUACCAGCCGCGUCAAAUGAACGUCCCUACGGCCCAGCAAGCAAUCAAAGAGCAAACAGUACUUCUCGCAAAGUGCUAUCUGCGCCAGGGAGAGUGGCAGAUCGCCUUGAACAAGAGUGACUGGCAACGCCAGAACGUUCAGGAGAUCCUGACCUCAUACGCCCAAGCGACCAAGUUCAAUCCUAGGUGGUACAAAGCGUGGCACGCUUGGGCAUUGGCCAAUUUUGAGAUUGUCCAAGGCGCAUCACCGCCUGAUCCUGGCAUGAUCAUUAACCACGUUGUGCCGGCUGUACAGGGCUUCUUCAAAUCAAUUGCUCUGUCCUCCGGUAGUUCGCUCCAGGAUACGCUUCGCCUGCUCACCUUGUGGUUCACACAUGGCGGCACCCCUGAGGUCAACAACGCCGUCACGCAGGGCUUCGGCACAGUCAGUGUGGAUACGUGGCUCGAAGUGAUCCCGCAACUCAUUGCUAGAAUCAAUCAGCCCAAUACGCGAGUUCGACAGUCGAUCCACAAUCUCCUUGCCGACGUGGGACGGAACCAUCCCCAGGCGCUAGUUUACCCGCUCACGGUUGCUAUGAAGUCUGCGCAGAGCUCGCGAAGAUCCAAAUCGGCGGCGCUCAUCAUGGACAGCAUGCGCGCGCACAGCCCUAAGCUGGUUGAGCAAGCCGACAUUGUGAGCCAUGAACUGAUUCGUGUUGCCGUCCUCUGGCACGAGCAAUGGCACGAGGGCCUCGAGGAGGCAUCCCGUCUCUACUUCGGUGACCACAACAUCGAGGGCAUGUUUGCCACGCUUGGGCCGCUGCAUGAGCAGCUCGAGUGCGGGCCUGAGACGCUCAGGGAAAUCAGCUUCGCACAAACCUUCGGCAGAGAUCUUGGCGAGGCGCGAGAGUGGUGUCGUCAAUAUGAACAGAGCCAAGAUGUGAGCGAUCUUAAUCAGGCCUGGGAUCUGUAUUACCAAGUGUUCCGUCGCAUCGGUCGUCAACUACCCCAGAUGACGUCACUGGAGUUGGCCUACUGCUCCCCUAAACUUCUGGCGGCCAAGGAUCUUGACCUGGCAGUACCAGGUACCUACCACAGCGGCAUGCCUGUUGUGCGCAUCCUAUCUUUCGAGACGACCUUUAGUGUAAUAAAUUCGAAGCAAAGACCGAGAAAGCUGAACACCAAUGGUAGCGACGGCAUCUCGUACGCCUUCCUUCUCAAGGGGCACGAGGACAUCCGGCAGGAUGAGCGAGUGAUGCAGCUCUUUGGCCUGUGCAACACGCUCCUGGCCAACGACUCGGAGUGUUACAAGCGUCAUCUCGGCAUUCAGCGUUAUCCAGCCAUCCCCCUGAGCCAGAAUUCGGGCUUGCUUGGCUGGGUGCCCAACAGCGACACCUUGCACGUCCUCAUCCGAGAGUACAGGGAGAGUAGGAAGAUCCUCCUUAACAUUGAGCACCGCAUCAUGCUGCAGAUGGCGCCCGACUACGACAACCUUACCCUCAUGCAAAAGGUCGAGGUCUUCGGCUACGCCCUGGACAAUACGACUGGCCAAGAUCUGUAUCGCGUACUUUGGCUCAAGAGUAAGUCGUCCGAGGCCUGGCUGGAGCGUCGUACCAACUACACACGCAGCUUGGGUGUCAUGAGCAUGGUCGGUUACAUCCUAGGUCUCGGUGAUCGCCAUCCGAGCAACCUGAUGCUUGACCGUAUCACGGGCAAGAUCAUCCACAUCGAUUUUGGCGACUGCUUCGAGGUGGCUAUGAAGCGUGACAAGUACCCUGAGCGCGUGCCAUUCCGCCUCACGCGCAUGCUUACCUAUGCCAUGGAGGUUAGCAACAUCGAGGGCAGUUUCCGCAUCACGUGUGAGCAUGUCAUGCGCGUCUUGAGGGAGAACAAGGAGAGUGUGAUGGCUGUUUUGGAAGCCUUCAUCCAUGACCCUCUUCUCACCUGGCGUCUCACUAAUGCGGCUUCGCCAGUGGGCCCCAACUUCCGUUCUGAGCGCGAGUCAUCCCUGGUCGAUCCGCACGCCCAGCGCGUCCGCCGGCCCUCGAUCCUCGAUGCUGAGCAUCCGCCUUCUGAGUACCUCGCUGCGCAAGUCGGAUCAUCCGUCACUGGCGGCCCGCCUAACAGUCGGGCCCGUGCCCGUACGAACUCGUCGCUCCUUAAUGGCGCUGGAGAAGGAGCUGGGGAGGCUGAGGCUCAGAAUGCCCGAGCUGUCGAGGUCCUCGAUCGCGUGAACCAAAAACUGACGGGUCGCGACUUCAAGCCUGGCGAGGAGCUUGACGUGAUCAUGCAGGUCAACAAGCUGAUCAUGGAGGCGACGAGGCUGGAGAAUCUAUGCCAGCACUAUAUUGGUUGGUGCUCUUUUUGGUAAGAAAUGGUAAGAAAGAGUGGAUGGCUGUGGCGCAGGGGAACGCCAAGAUGAUGCGCAAGUGCUCAUCUUGGGAAUGUUGAAGUCUGGCUUGUGCCUGAAGUGUGGAUUGGAAUAUGGCCUAUUUUGAGCCGAAUUGGUGGCUCGAAAACAGGCCGAGCCUGGAUGAUGGAGCUGAACUGUUUGAUGUUAAACGCAAGGUGUUCGUGGCGUUUGUUGAAUUAUGCAACGAGAUAGCCGAUUCGGUAUCUGCUUGCGCGGACCGAAGCUGGAGCUUGUUUGACUGCACAUCCUGAAACGACCUCGCUCGUGAUCUGUGGCGUUUUGGUCAAAGUACAUGCGGUGUCGCAUGACCUGGUUGGGGCGAAUACGUAGUGAAUUGGUCGACUAACUAGAGCUCUGUCUUUUAUGCAAAAUGCCUC